AUGGCAAAGGCAGCCGGGCUUGUCUGCGCACUUCUCCUGCUGGCUUCCUUCUGCUGCCAGAGCCUGGCUCAGAAAGGCUUUGCUGUGCCGGAUAAGUGCUGUUUCAGAUUCCAGAAACGUAAGAUCAAGAGAGACAACACAGUUGGCUAUUACCGCACCAGCCCAGUGUGCCCUCAGCCAGCCGUGAUAUUCAAAAUGAAAGAAGGUCAGGAGAUCUGUGCCGAGCCUGACAAGCCCUGGGUGAAAGAAUACCAGACAUUUCUCAGCUUGGCUCGUAAAGUCUGA